AACCUUAUAUUAAUCAAAAGGACAAUUUAACAUGAUCAUAUUAUACUACUAUUAUUAAUGUUUUGCUGGUUCCGGAAAUCUGGUUCGAUCCGACCUUCGCCUGCUAAAUGUCACGUAACUUUCAUUAUCUUCUUUGUCAGCGUUUUUGUUUUAUUUUUAUCAUAGACUACUUCAUAGAUUAGAUAGAAAAUGUUAAAUAUAAGUCCAAAGACGAAAAAAAUUUAGUAACUACUCAACUUGACCCGGUGGAUACUGACGAUGAGUUUUCAAAAUAAAGUGGUUAUUGUGACUGGCAGCAGCUCUGGUAUUGGAGCUGCCAUCGCCAUCAAAUUCGCAGAAGAAGGCGCUAAGGUCGUUAUAGUGGGAAGAAACCAGGAGAAACUGAACAACGUCGCUAAGAAAUGUGGCAAACCAUUAAUGCUCGUCGCUGACGUCACUAAAGAAGAAGACGCUAAAAGAAUUGUAGAUGAAACUGUGAAAGUAUUUGGCAAACUGGAUGUUUUGGUAAACAAUGCUGGCAUUGGUAGAACUAGCACCAUUACAGCUGAUAAUGCCAUGGAAAUCUUUGAUAAAGUAAUGAGUACAAACCUUCGUGCACCAGUUUAUUUAACUCAUGUCGCUGCUCCACACCUUGUAAAAACAAAAGGUAAUAUUGUGAACAUAUCGAGUGUGGCUGCGUUGAGAAUUAUUAUGCCAGAGGUCUUUGCAUACUCCGCGUCGAAGGCUGCCUUAGAUCAUUUCAGUAGAGCUGUAGCACUUGAACUUGCAUCGAGCGGUGUUCGUGUGAAUACUGUUAAUCCUGGACCCGUGAAAACUGAAAUUAUUGAAAAUAUGGGUGCAUCACAGGAAGAACAAGCAGCUAGAUUCAAACACAUGGAAGACAGGACGGCACUGAAAAGAAUAUCUGAUUCUGAAGAAAUAGCUGAUCUUGUUUUGUUCGUGGCUAGCGAUAAGGCUAAGGCAAUUACUGGUUCGUCAUAUGUUAGUGAUAAUGGGAUGUUAUUGUAAGCUACGGGUUUAAUGACAAUUAAUUUUUCAAGAAUUUUGUGUAUUGCUAUUCUUUAUAAUUACGGUUUGAUAGCAAAUUAUAGCUUACUAUAGGUCAAAACUGAAAAAAGUCGUGGUGGCUUACUGGGUAAAGAACCAACCUCUCAAGAUGACCUCCAAGAGGACGUGGGUUUGCUUCCAGGUCAGGCAAGUACCGAUGCAACUUUUCUAAGUUUGUAUGUACUUUCUAAGUAUACUUAUUUAUUUAUUUAUACUUUAUGUACAAAAUAGGUACAUUGGCGGACUUAAUGCCUCAAGGCAUUCUCUACCAGUUAACCAUCGGGUUAAAGGGAGAAAAUAAAUAGGUAGUACAAUAAAAAAAAGAGAAAGUCAUGAAUCGAUAUGAAUAAAAACAUGAUACAAUACAUAAAUACUCAAUACAUAAUAAUAUAUAUAUAUAUAUAUUAUACAUACAACAUAAAAAUAAAAUAUAAAAUCAAUAAGAGUGACGACGACUCAAUUAGGUAAAGAGUUUAAAUAAUGAUGGUGAACUUUACGCUGAAAGGAAUACUUACUGGGUGCCUUUUUUAUGUCAAGGGGAAGAGCGUUCCAGAGUUUAAUUGCUGAUACAGCAAAAGAAUUAGCCAUAAAUCCGGUGCGGUGACAUGGAAUUUCGAGCAACAAAUUCUCAGAGGAACGCAGGUUACGGCUAUGAGAACUGCCCAAUAACUUAAAAUAAUUUUGAAGAUAAUCAGGAGCACAGGGAUCGUUAAGAAUAGAGAAGAUCAUACAGAGAGAUCUAAGGGAUCUUCUAUAACGAAUAGGCAGCCAUUUAAGCUGAGAACGAAAAGAGGAAACGUGAUCAUAUUUACGAAGGCCGAAAAUAAAGCGUAUGCAGUUACUGAGAAGACGAUCCAUUUUGUUGAGAAGUUCUUGAGAUACUCGGAUAGUAACAAAUCUUGAGACAUCCGAGCAUAUCUUGGACACCAAUGACUGUGUUUCGGAUGGCACGUUAAACUGUAGGUCCCGGCUGUCAUUGAACAUCCUUGGCAGCCGUUACGUGUAGUCAGAAGACAAUAAGUCUGACACCAGUCUAAGCAAAGGGUAUUGGGUUGCCCGGGUAACUCGGUUGAGGAGGUCAGAUAGGGCAGUCGCUCCUUGUACAACAUUGGUACUCAACUGCCUCCGGUUAGACUGGAAGCCGACCCCAACAUAGUUGAGAAAAAAGGCUCUGAAGAUGAUUGAUCAAAACUGAUAGUUACUAUCGGUAACGGUAUUCUGUUUAUCUUAGUAAAUUACAUAGAUAACUUAGAAAUGUUUAAUGAUGUUAGUACCUUGAAAAUAAUUAUUCGAUUUGAAGAACCUCUUGAACAAAAGUACCUACUAUUUACCGUGACUAUAAUAUACCUACUAUUAUUAAUAGCCAUUAAAACAUGAUUAUAAAGAAUAGCAACGCGGAAAAUAUUGAUAAUUUUCCAAGCGUAAACACUCGACAAUUGGAAAUUGUAGCAUCUGCUGUGAAGCAUAAAUUUUAUGAUAUUAGUCGUGUGACUCAUUUUGUAACCCAAAUUGAGAAUUUAUAUUUGUAUGACGAAAUGGAAACUAAUAAAUACUUACUAAACUGGCAGAUUGAACCUGUU